CAUCAUCAACACUGUGUUGAACGAUUUGUGUUGGUGUGUGAAGGUGAAGUCUGUUUGAUGCUCCUCUUUCACAACAACCUAUAAAUUUACCUAUUUGAUUCUUAUAGUUAUGGUAUUGUCAGAAGGAGUCCCUCUCUCCUUCCUGCUUUCUUUCAUAGACCUCCUCUCCCCUGUAGCUCCUCCUAUCGUCCGUACUCCCACAACCCUACUUAAACGAAUGUAAGCUAAUUACAAUCAUUGUUCUCUAUGGGGACCUGCAUUAUUGCUUGGCUGUGCUUUUAGCUGCUCCUGCGCAGUGUGCAUCCUAAGGGAAUACCUUAAUAGAUGAAAUUAAGUCAGUAUUUCAUAUAAAGCUAAGCUUUGAGCUUAUUUUCUGAGAGCUAUAAGAUUUAAAAUUAAUUCAAAAAUAGCCCUUGCGUCCAUUCUUUGUGUGAACACAGAACCCGAGAACCUCAUCCAAAACGCUACAGCUGCAUGUUUGCAGUUGCUCUGCCCAGGGGGGCACACAGCACAUGACAGAAUGAUCCUUCUGUUUUCCAUCCUGUGGCUGUAGAGCAAGCAAGUGGGAGGAUAUAUUUUUUAUCAAAAGUUGGUUCGCUACCUUAAUACCAAGCAGAGCUAUUUAAUGUAGCAUGUCUACUAACGGCCAUUAUGUAACAUGCAUAGCUGUGCAGCUGCAGCCAGAAUUAUUGUGUCAGAAUUAUAUGAGCCUUGAUGAUGAAAGUGGUUAAAGCUUCUCACACACAAACAUUUCCCCCUUAGUUUCAUACAGUACACCAGCACUGUAGACCAGACGAGAUGUUCAUGUAUGUACAGUUCAUUUCCUGCAGACCUCUUUCUCCCCCUUGCUCUGUUUCAUGGCUGCAGCCGCAUGUGCGUGUGUGCGUACAUGUCAUGUCUCUACUGUCUUUAUGGGGCCUUGUUGUGUGCAUCAGCAGAAAUCGAUCCUGUUCUCCGAGUACCCUCAGCCACUGCAGACGCACAGACAUGCGGCAGGCUGACAAAGCUCCAUCGACUGGGAGGCAGCGGGGGCGUCGCUCUGUUUGCGUGCGGGGGGUGUGUUUGUGUGUAUCGUCUGUGAUGGAGGCGAGGAGCAGAGCUGCAGGAACUACCUGAUCAUGCCGUAUCUAUCUUGCACCAUGCCAAUUAAAUAUAAUCGUGUCCGAGUAGAUUUAAAAAUCGUAUCGUACACCCAGAAAUGGCACAUGCAAAUAAAAGCAGACACGCACCAUCAAUUCCAGCGCUGACGGGGCCACUAGCUCGUUUCUCAUGAGGGCUUUACUGCCAGGAGACAGAGGGCGGAUGGUGGGGUCAAUACAGGGCUAGAGGUCAUUUUAAUCUCUGUCCUGACAGCAGUCAUUCAUUGUUCACCUGACUACGCUCAAAGCCCAUCCCUCCAUUGUUGAAUUAACAUUGGAAACAGCAGCGGCCGCAUUUAUUUGUCUGCGAUUGAUUCGGUCUGGACAGAUGCUUUUGUUAUCGUGAACUGUUGCAGGCAGCGGCGGAAUAUUAGUUGCAAAGAAGCCAUGUUGCCCAGCCUCUCGGCUCCUUCCCGUCACUGCUGCUCUCAUGUAUGUAAAACAGCAGCCGUGAGGCUUCAUAUCUCUCACUCAUCAGCGCUUCUACUUAACUGCGCCUCUCUCGCUCUCUCUCUCUCUCUGUAAGAGGAAGUGGCCAUGCUCUGCAGGGUGCAGUCGCUUGCAGGAAGACAGGGUGGAGGGAGAAGGGGGAGGGUGCUCGCAGGCUGAGAGCACACUCGACCACAGAUGGUUGAGCAAGGCUGCGAGGGAGUGAGGGAGCAGAGCGAGUGUGAAGACGGAAAGAGAGGGCAGGAGAGUAAGCGUGAGAGAGAGGCUGGUUGGGGGCAUCUGUGAUUCUAGUAUCGCCAAAGCAACAGAGAGGAGGAGAGAGGAAGUACUACAGGGAGGCUUCGCUCUGAAGAAAAGGACGGAUGGAUGCUCAGACCCACCAGCGCCCAGCUGCUUCUUUAAGGACUUAGGCACACGCUGUUUGUCUUCUUCACAGACGCCGAGCAGGACGAAAGCAGGAUGUGGCGUUGCGUUUGUUCGUACGCGUAACAGGCGCUCUCAUGCGAGCGGCAUAAACUUGAAACCGACCCGUAAGCCGACUCCAUGACACCAGAGUGCGCCUGUCCACGCGAGGACGGCCGCGCGUCGCGUGCACAUCUGGCUUCAGGCGAGCAGGUGCGUGCGGCGUGUGCGCGUUGGUGACACCGCCGCCGGCGCCGACACGCACGCAUCGGGAGGAAGUGACACGUCUGCGCUCGCGCUCAGAUUUCCUGGUCCCGUCUCCGGUGGCAGGCAAAGUGCACGAUCGGUGAGCCGGGCUCACCUGUCACAGGUGGAACUGAAGCGCCCUUGAUGCAUAAACAAAGGAGCGCUGACUUUUUCUGGAUGAGCAAAGGACGGGCGGACACGCGUGGACUCUGACUGUCGCGUCAGACCUGCUUUUUUUGAGAUAAGCCAGCACUUCCUCGAGCCGCUCUGGUGCCGGGGACUGUCCGUGGGCACCUCCAUGACCGUGAGCACAGUGCCGAGCCCCUCCAUGACCAGCAGUAACAGCAUGAGCAGCGGGUACUGCAGCCUGGAGGAUGAGAGCGAAGACUUCACUUUCUUCACGGCCAAGACCUCGUUUUUCCGCAAGCCCAGACACACAGCAAAGCAGGUUGAGGCAAAGGAGGAAGAGGCUGGAGGAACACGGGAGCUGUCAGAGGAAGAAGUGCGGGCCAAAAUAGAAGAGUAUAACGCGCAGGUCUCUGAAAAUGGCAUGAAACUGGCUUCAGAUGGAUCCUACACAGGUUUCAUUAAAGUCCACCUGAGGCUCAGUCGACCGGUCACCGUCCUCGCCGUGAGCCCAGAGGCGGCGUCCAGGCCGGCGAGUGGCAGCGGCCGAGAGCCGGUGGAGCAGGAUCGGACGGACUGUGGGCAGAGUGAGAAGGGCGCAUCCUUCUACCUGCCCUCCGACUGUGUGAAGCAGCUCCACAUUAGCUCCCUGACCACCACCAGAGAGGUCAUCCAGGGCUUGCUGAAGAAGUUCUUGGUGUUGGACAAUCCUCGCAAGUUUGCUUUGUACAGGCAGACGCACCGGGACGGGCAGGAUCUGUUCCAGAAGCUUCCUCUAUGUGAGCGUCCACUUCUGCUGAGGUUAAUAGUGGGACCGGACCCAGAACAGCUGAGCUUCGUCCUUAAGGAAAAUGAGACUGGGGAGGUGGAGUGGCAUGCCUUCUCCGUCCCCGAGCUGCAAAACUUCAUUGUAAUCCUGGAGAAGGAGGAGGCCGAGCGUGUGAGGACAGUGCAGCAGAAAUAUGCUGUGUACCGUCACAAACUACAGCAGGCCCUACAACAACAUGACCCCUGACCCCUCACCUGUUACCUUACGACAUCAACCCAGGGAGAGACUUGGCCUUUAAACACUGACCCCUCAAGACCCUGAGAUCUGACCGAGAGUGGAGCCCGAACUGAAUCGUCUCCACCGUCCACACGAACAGAAACACAGCACACCCUUUCUCAGGAUGCAUAUAAGCCCUCCCCGCCUCUAUCUAUACAUCCAAACCGCGUCUGUGAAAGAUGUGUGGCCUGCCGGCUAAUUGGAGAAGCCGCGUGAGAUCUCAUUGGGGACUGAUGUGAAUCGAUGUUGUUUUUAAAGGUUCCUCCUUCUUCUUCUGCUACUGCUGCUGCUGCUGCUACUGCAAGUGUUACUUAUGCAUGAAUCUUUCUCAGCUCAUCUCCCCCAAACAUAGUUAGAAUGACAACAAAAGGCAUGAUGAGGACAUUGUGUCUCCCUGGAAUGAAAGGGCAAUCACACUGAGUGUUCUUUUUUUCUUGGAAUUGUUUUGGGUUAUCACCAGGCGCCGUUUUGCUGUUGGACUAUGGAUAAUGCAUCGGUGAAGGGGGUGUUUGAGGGUGAGCGCGUGAGCACUGGCCACUGUGCUUCUUCCCAACACAAGGGUUUAAAAGCAGAACAAAGAGAAGGACUGAUUUUUCUCAGGGUGCACGUGUUGAGCAAAGAGAAUCCUAAUUGAGAAAUGAGAAGCCUCUUUUACCUGCUGCACCUGACUUCAAUGCCACAUGAAAGACUUGUGUGAAGACUGUGUCCAGUGAUUCACCUACAGACAGAAAUCUUCAGUCAGACACUGUUACCAACCGUCUCCUUGCCCCCACACACAGACACGCAACCCUGACAUCUCAAAUGACAACUGUGACUUCAUCUCCGUUCCUGCAUCCUGGUUUAACUCCACCCUCAGACAAAGUCUACUGAAGGAGACAGACCGACCACUUUACAUACACUGUCAUUGUAAAUGGGUUGUAUUUGAAUGUGAGAUGAUUUUUACACCAAAGCAUAGAGGGGAGAGAUAUAUUGAGAGGAUUAUAAAGGGAUGAGAGAGAUUAAGGAACUUAUUGAGUUAGAGGUGGUGUACGUAAACAAAAAAAAGAAGUGAAUUCUGUUUUGCACAUGUAGAUGCACAUCACUGGAAAGCCCACAACUCUGGGUCGGGGCAUGCAUUUCUGUUCUUUCAUCCCCCAUCACCUCAAAAAGAGAACAAAAAAAGUAACGAUAAUGGCUAUGAUGUACUAAUGCUGUGUUUGCAAAACAUAUGUAUUAUGUAGACACUGGAAAAAGAGUGACAAAGUUUUGCUUUGUUAAUGUUAAGAAUAUUAAUACUCCUUUGGUACCACUCCCACUGGUGUGUGUGGGUGUGUGCAUGUCUAUGACGGAAAUGUCGUCCAUGCUCCCUCAUUGGGCCUCAUUUAUCGAGUAUUAAAUAAAUAUUAGAAUAUCACAAUCAUGUUUGGGGAGAAGCAUUUGGAGUGCAUGUAUCUAACCAAAGCCUUUAAGAAAACUAAACCUAUAUUUCUAUUAAUUUGUUGCGUAUAAAUACUGAUGAAUGAGGUCUGUUGUCCAUAAGCACAUGCUCAGUGAAACCAACCCAUUUCUACCACCACCACCACUCAAAGCCCGAGCUGUUCCUGCUGACAGUGCCUUUUGUUCCACGUGUCCCCUUGUCUCUGUGUAAGGUGUGCUUCAGCACACAGGUGCCUGAGUGUAUGCGUCGGUGCUUUCGCAUGUGUUUUCCUGGGUGGUGUUACAUCUUUUCUUCCUGCUCCCCCGGACCCGUGUCGCUCCCGCACGGGUGUGAGUGCGUUUGCGUUGUGUGCACGUGGUGUGUGUGUUAUUUAUUUCAUGGCUCACCCAAAUCCACAUAAUAUUAUUUCCAGAAGGUUGAGACUAAAUGCUUUUUUGCAAGUUAUUUUGUUUUAUUUUGAAGAAGUGUGUAAUGAAUAUCAGUAGAGCUGUACAGAAUAUCAUAAAUAAAUAAAAAAGUCAACCCUU